CUAAAAGCCCCCACCAUAUAGUACUAUAGAGCCAUGAACUCUAGAAAGAACCGAAGAACCAAACACAAAUUGCCAAAUUUAGGAACAGAGAAACUUAACAACACCAAAAAUAAUAAGCAUUUAAAGAAAACCAAAUGGUAAAAUCAACUCAUGAAAUUAGUAGUGUUAUUGUGGAGGAAGCAAUACUAAUAAUAAUAAUAAUAAUAAGGAAGAUUAAUAGUUUGAGAUGAUGAGGAGCGAAUUAGAAGAAGGAAUAUCAUCAUCAUCAUCAAGUAGGUGCCAAGAUUGUGGAAAUCAAGCAAAAAAAGAUUGUACAUAUAUGAGGUGCAGAACUUGCUGCAAGAGUCGAGGGUUUCAAUGUGAAACGCAUGUUAAGAGUACUUGGGUCCCUGUCUCCACAAGGCGUCCAAGGCACCAGCUUCAUCAUCACACUACUAUUCAACAACAGCAACAGCAGCUUCAAAAUGGGCCAAACCCUAAAAGAUACAGACCAAAUGAAGUGAUAGGUGAUGAUCAGGAAGGAGGUGACUUUCCUGGGGAAGUGAGUUUUCCAGCAGUAUUUCGAUGUAUUCGGGUAAGUUCCAUAGACAAUGUGGUGGAUCAAUAUGCAUAUCAAACAUCAGUGAAGAUAGCAGGACAUGUUUUUAAAGGGAUAUUAUAUGAUCAAGGACCUGAUCAUGAGAGUCCUCGUUGCAACAAUUAUAUGGUUGGAGAAAGUUCGUCAAGUGGCUUUCACCUUCAGCAACCUCCUAAUUUACCACCUACUACUACUACAACUUUUCCACCACCACCAUCUUCGACUUAUCCCAAUCUAUUUAGUGCUUUUAGUAUGCCUGGUACGCAAUUUUUUCAAUACCCAAAAUCAUCUUGAAAUAAACUUUCUUCGAUCAAUUUAAUUAACUUAUAUACAUUGAUAGUUCACAAUAAAUCCUACUACUAUUUUGCUCAUUGACUGGAUUGGUUUACCAGUCAAGUGUUAUAUUCCGAGGUCAGACUUAGCCCCCUUCUGUGUAACUUUUGUUGGAAUAUAACUUAUACUACCUUAGUUGACGCCCUUGCCAAACAUGCCACCACUUCCACCAACAGUGAAAUAUUCACUCAGGAAGAUGAUCUACCAAAUGAAGUUAAGGGCCUUCUAAGAAUGGACAAAUAUCAGAUACAUGCUUUUUCAGAAUUAAGCUCAAGUAACACUCAAAUUGGAUUUUAGAUCCUCCUUAAAGUUACAAAGGGGAACUAUAUUUUCACUUGAACACUUCCUUUAAUCUCAGGAUAUAUAGUUCCCCUACCUUCCUCAUGUUUUGUGCACAUCUUUUGCGAAUAAUGGUAUUUACCUCUCGAGGUUUCUUGUUUAUGUCCCCCUCGAAUGUAUUUAUUGUUUAUCAAUAUACAGGGUAGGGGUCUUUGCCAAACUCCUCAACCACCUAGGAACCAACCUUAGUGGCUGGAAUAAAUUUAUUUUUAAAAAAAUAAAAUAAAAUUUACA